AUUGGAGUAUCUGAAUAGAUAUUACUCCAUAAGUCAGAAAAUUGGGCAGAUCAACGACGGCCAAUGAGAGACCUUCGUCGUCUUCUCCUCUCACGCGGUAGCUCAUAGAGUUUCCAAAAACUCAUCGCAGCAGCACUUCUCCUGGCAAAAAUCUUUCCCGAUGGUUUUUAGGGGAGCAGUUGUGGCGUUGUUGGGCUGCCUCGGAAUAGCAUACAAGACCACAAAGCCUUCCCCUGCACCCCCAGAAAGCACUGAACCGCCACCGCCACACCAAUCAUCGUCAUCAUCUUCAUCAAAGCCGUCAUCAUCAUUAUCGUCGUCGCCAUCGGAUGGUGAUGACGUGGGCGUUGUCGGUGAAUCAAGAAUCAGACUCCGUGACGGAAGGUUUCUGGCUUACACAGAGAGAGGAGUCCCCAAGAACAAAUCCAAAUUCAGAGUUAUUAUUGUUCAUGGGUUUGGAAGCUCCAAGGAAAUGAGUUUCGUGGCACCCCAAGAAAUAAUGGAUGAGUUGGGCGUACACCUUGUGUUAUUUGAUCGAGCUGGCUACGGAGAGAGUGAUCCAAAUCCAAAGCGGUCCUUGGAAAGCGAAGCAACUGAUAUUCAAGAACUUGCUGAUAGGCUAGAACUGGGAUCCAAGUUCUACGUAAUUGGUGUCUCAUUGGGUAAUUACCCCACCUGGAGUUGCCUCACUCAAUUACCACACAGGCUAGCAGGCGUGGCUAUGGUAGUCCCGACAAUAAACUACAACUGGCCAUCUCUUCCUGGUGAUCUGACAAAGGACGACUUCAGGAAAAGUCUAACACAAUGGGCACUUCGUGCUGCACGAUAUACACCUGGACUCGUACGCUGGUGGUUGACUCAAAAAAAUUUCCGCUCAUCAUCAGUGCUUGAUAAAAAUCCAAGAUUUUUCAGUACAAAAGACUUGGAGGUCUUGAAGAAUACCCCAGGAUAUCAGUUACUCAGCAAGAAUAAGUUGCAACAGCAAGGUGUCUUUGACUCUCUUCGCCGUGACUUUAUUGCGGCUUUUGGGAAGUGGGACUUUGACCCCCUGGAAUUAGUUAACCCAUUCCCCAAAAAUGAAAGCUCUGUACACAUCUGGCAAGGAUAUGAAGACAAGGUUGUGCCCUUUCCAUUACAGAGAUAUGUUUCCAGUAAGCUGCCCUGGAUUAGGUACCAUGAAGUUCCUGAUGGUGGGCAUCUGCUAGUGUAUGAUAGUGAUGUAUGUGAAGCCAUUUUGAGGUCUCUUUUGCUUGGAGAAGAUCCUCCAUUAUAUAGACCUAAACUCAGUUGAUUCAUCAUUGUUCAUAUCUUUGAUUAUCAUCUGUAUGGUUGGUGACCCUAGUAACUAAUUCUGAUUCCUAUAGAAUGACAAAAACAUGUUUUUAAUGACCUAAA